UGGCGGAGCCAGCGUAGCAGAUAUUAUGGUGGGUUUACCUGCGCGCGAUCUGACGGCAACGUAAACAUUUGAGGCUAAAGGUGAAGCUAACGCGUCAAGCUACCACACUGUGCACAUGUGGAGCUGUUGGCAGCUGUGUUAGUGAUCACAGGAAGCCGCGGCUCGUCUCUCCAGCUGCUGAUGGAGCACAUCCGACUACCAAAGGUGGAGAAUGUCAGGCUGCUGGACAAAGUGUCCCCCAGGAGAAGUAGGGUGGGCACCUUUUACCUGACAGCCACGCACACCAUCUUUGUGGAAGACGUGGCUGGAGUGCGCAAUGAAACAUGGGUGCUUCACAGUUUGGUGUGCAGCGUGGAGAAACAGUCAGCCACGGCCUCGGGAUCUCCUCUGAUCAUCCACUGCAAGAACUUCCAGGUUCACCACUUCGUCAUACCUCUAGAGCGGGAGUGCCAUGAUGUUCACCUGUCCCUGCUGCGGCUCUCCCAGCCAGAGAGUUACGAGGAGCUGUACUGCUUCUCCUAUAAGCCGAACGUUGACGAUGAGGAGAGACGGCAGGAAUGGGACUUCUUGGACCUCAAGGCUGAUUACAGCAGAAUGGGACUCCCGAACUCCCUCUGGAAACUCUCCCCCAUCAACCAACGCUACAAGGUGAGCGACACGUACCCCGCUGACCUGUUUGUACCUGAGUCCGCCUCACCUCCGGUCAUAGUGGGAAGCUCCAAGUUCAGAAGCAGAGGCAGAUUUCCCACUCUGUCGUACUACUCCAAAGAAAAUCAUGCUGCCAUCUGCCGUAGCAGCCAGCCCCUUUCAGGUUUCAGCGCUCGCUGCCUGGAGGACGAACAGAUGCUGGAGGCCAUAUUGAGGUCCAAUCCCCGCAGCGACUUCAUGUAUGUGGUGGACACUAGGCCUAAGCUGAAUGCAAUCGCAAACCGAGCUGCAGGGAAAGGCUACGAAAACGAAGACAACUACUCCAACAUUAAGUUCCAGUUCAUCGGCAUUGAGAACAUCCACGUUAUGAGAAAUAGCCAACAGAAAAUGCUAGAAGUGUGUGAGCUGCGUUCCCCCUCCAUGUCCAACUUCCUGGAAGGUCUGGAGAGCUCAGGCUGGCUGAAGCACAUCAAAGCUGUUUUGGAUGCAGGCAUCUUCAUCGCUAAGGCUGUUGCAGAGGAAGGUGUCAGUGUCCUGGUUCACUGUUCAGACGGUUGGGACCGCACCGCCCAGGUGUGUUCGGUGGCGUGCGUGCUGCUGGAUCCUUACUACAGGACCCUCAGAGGACUCAUGGUUCUCAUCGAGAAAGACUGGGUCUCCUUUGGACACAAGUUCACUCACAGAUGUAACCACCAGGUCGGAGACCCCAAAGAGGUGUCUCCCAUCAUCGACCAGUUUCUGGAGUGCGUGUGGCAGCUCAUGGAGCAGUUCCCCUGUGCCUUCGAGUUCAACGAGAGGUUCCUCAUCACCAUUCACAGCCACAUCUACUCCUGUCAGUAUGGCAACUUCAUUGGCAACAACCAGCGGGAGAGGAUAGAGCUGGGAUUACGUGAGAGGACUCACUCUUUGUGGAGUUAUCUCUGGACGAACCAGGCGGAUUACAUCAACCCUCUGUACAGACCUAACCACAGCCAGACUCAGGGGCUCCUCCGACCAUCUACCGCCCCCUACUGCUUCAAGUUUUGGAGAGGGUUGUACAACCGUUUUGAUCGAGGGAUGCAUCCUCGACAGUCCGUCGAGGAUUAUCUGAGUGCCAUCCAAGAGGAGACGCAGCAGCUGGAGGAGCAGCUGGCUUCACACAAACAGAAAAUUGCUCAACUGGAGAAGGAGCAAGGGUGGAGGAGUGUUACGCAGAAAGCAGCCACUUUUGAUAAGAGCCCCACAGCGUGGGUUCAUGGUAAUGACCUCGCUCUGGCCAACACCCCUCAGGACUACACAGGGGGCUUCCUCACCAGCAGCCCCUGUCAGCCCAAAGCCCCAGACAGCAGCCUGAUCCUCCUGCCCAAGGACUUGAACCAGUCGUCUGAAACCAGCCUCUCAAACGGCAGCGAUCAGGAGUCGGGGAUCGCAGACCUGAGCUGCCGUUCACCCCUCAGUGAGGACAGCCCCAGAGAUCCAGACUCUGAUGAGGCUGCCUACUCAGCUGCCUGAGCAAAUGUAGCAUUUGGAUGAAGGUCCACGGGGCCUCUGAACAAACCUACACAUUCACCAAGUAACCCAGCUAUUGACUAACACCAACUUCUAUUUGGGUUACACAACUGACUUGCACUUUUGUUUGCAUGUGGUGUGGCAGACUCUCCAUGUUGCCACAUACAUACUAGUUAAUAGAUGUUUACUGUAGCUGACCACAUUUUACUUCUGACAGCGGUGAGAGUAAUUAGUUUCAACAUAGCAACUCCGAAUGUUGCUCACUGUCAUGUCUGAUUAUGGCAGAAUUAACCAAUAGGAGUCUGCAAUGGUGCAAUAUUGGAGAUAUUAUUAUUCUACUGAGGCCUAAUAUCAACACGCUGUGAUUUAGGGUGUAUGCUUGCAUUUUCCUAUGGUCUUCCUCAUACUUUUGUUUAUUCAUCAGGCAUCUGGCUUUACUAUAUAAGCACUUUCAGUCAGCAGCACCUUGAUAAUGAGUUUUCAAAGCAAAGAAAACUAAGACUAUAAUUUCAGUCUUAAAAUAAAAGCAAAAUAAUUGAAUAAAUGGUGAAAUAAGAACAGAAUUAAACAGAUCAAACUAAAGCUGCAACAAUUAGUCAAUAUUCAAUUAGUUUCCAACUAUUUUGAUAACUGAUUAAUCAUUUUAAAUCAUUUUUUUGAAGAUUUUUUUCUUUAGAAAAUGCCCCAAACGAUUAAUUAUCUGAGUUCAGCUUCUCAAAUGUGAGUAUUUUUCUGGUUUUAGUCUUUAGCCCCUGUAUGGCAGGUUAACAAAACGAGACAUUUGAGGACACCACCCAACAUUUUUCACCGUUUUAUGGACCAAACAAAGUAAUCAACAAAGAAAAUUCUCGCUAGUUGCAGCCUUAGAUCAAACAACAACAAAAAAACACAAAAAAAAAGCAGACUUGAGUUAAAGCUCAUUAAGGACGAGGAGAUGACAAAUGUGUACAGGAUGUAGGCUGUUGACAUACACACACUGCUAAUUAGCAUUCAGAAUGACUCAUCUCUGUAGAUGUUAAAUGCUGUCGCACGUUGUGGUACUACUCACAGGCCUGAAUGCGCAGCAGUGAUCAUGUUCUACCCCAAAUUUAGUCCAGACAGAAAUGAAUCAGCAAUUUAACCCCAAAGGACGUGUCACUCAGCACACCACAGUGACCUCAGCUGGGUUUUGGAGUCAUUACACUACAGUUAGCUGUGGUUCAUUGACACCUUGUGUCCACACCUGGGUACUUCACAUGGACACACAAAGUCAUGUAAUAUUUUCCCCACAGCAAGAUGUGAAAAACAAGCCUUUAAAACGAAACUUUAACCUCUUACCAAAGGGAAUCGAGUGUCUACUGGUAUAAAUAGUGCGCGUAGUAAAUGAUAUGACGGCUGGAUACUGAACCAGCAGACUGGAGCAUGAGAACACAAAUGCACCGCUGCCUCGAGCAGCAGAUUACCGACCAACUUUUUGAGUAUCUGUGUCGUCUCGACUGUAAAAUAAGCAUUAAAACUGCUGACUUGAACGUCGUAGUACACAUUAGGUGCACUCCAAUACUGCAAAUGAGCAAUGCACAAGGCAUUAACAAGCAAAGCAUGUUAAGAUAUUUUUGUACCGACCUAUUUUUUUUUCUUGACUACUGUACUUUUGCUUUAUUGCAUGUUGUUUUAAUUUGUAUCAGAGUCUAAACUGUCUGACCUCGUAUGAAAAGAGCUUUUUCUUUAUUUUUUAUUGUCGUGUUCAUUUGUUCAGGUGGAAUAAGAGCCAAAUAUGUUCAACCGAUUUAAAUGCAAAGUGUAACUUGUGUCAGUUUUCUUUUGAAAUAAAUAAUUGUCGUCAUAUUCUAAUAA